AGCUCUAGAGAACGGGCAGGACGGGUCAGUUCAGUGUUUACGCUGAGAUGCUCAAAACAAAGGACAGCGCACUGAGAGCCUGUCACUGAACACAACGGCACCACGACCAGCUCAGCUCACUCUCUGGUGUCCCCUAACUCCAGGAAGAGGAGGACGACAUAAAAAACCUUUAUGGCGUAUAUUUUUUUACGAUACAUUUUCAGGUUUUGGUGACAAACCAUCAUUGAGGGAGAGAAGCUGAGGCGAAAUUGUCUUAUGGUGUGUGUCUCUGUGUGUAUGUGUGUGUGUGUGAGAGAGCCGGUGGACUGGAGCGUUAGCUAGCUUGCUCACCUCAGCAAGUUGGUAAAGGCAGCAGCAGCAGCAGCGGCGGCGGCGACGACACAGUGAGCCACACCAAGCAGAGACAUCAACAGGACUAAAUCAUUUACACCGCAGGCACAACAAACUGCGAGAGGGAGAGCGAGAGAGCGACACAUGAAGCAUGAGAGGGUGGAGCUGAGGCUCAGCUGACCUUUCCCCUUCCUUUCUCUCCUUUCCCCUUCCUGUUGCCCUGUUGGAUCUCACCCAUCUUGCCUCUCCUCCUUCUCCUCUGAACCUCAUUCAGCUGUGCCCAAUGUACUCCCCAGAGCAGGAAAACAUCUCCACCACCACCUCCACCAAAGUGCCAGUGAAGUAUGGAGAGCUCAUUGUGCUUGGGUACAAUGGCUCUCUGCCUAAUGGGGACAGAGGUCGACGUAAAAGCCGCUUUGCACUUUGUAAGAGACCGAAGGCAAACGGGGUGAAACCCAGCACAGUUCACGUCGCCUGCUCUCCACAGGCAGCCAAGGCCAUAAGCAACAAAGACCAGCACAGCAUCUCAUACACUCUGUCUCGAGCCCAGACGGUGGUGGUGGAGUACACCCAUGACAGCAAUACAGACAUGUUCCAGAUUGGUCGGUCAACGGAGAGUCCCAUAGACUUUGUAGUGACAGACACGGUGCCGGGCAGCCAGAGUAACUCAGACACCCAGUCGGUCCAGAGCACCAUCUCUCGCUUUGCCUGCCGCAUCAUCUGCGAGCGCACGCCGCCUUACACUGCCCGCAUCUAUGCAGCAGGCUUUGAUUCCUCCAAGAACAUCUUCCUCGGGGAGAAAGCUGCUAAGUGGAAGACGCCUGACAGUCAAAUGGACGGACUGACCACAAACGGCGUGCUGGUGAUGCACCCUCGAAAUGGCUUCACCCAGGACUCCAAACCGGGCGUCUGGAGGGAGAUCUCAGUCUGCGGCAACGUCUUCACCCUGCGAGAAACACGUUCGGCUCAGCAGCGGGGGAAAAUGGUGGAGACUGAGUCUCAGGAGCUCGUCGACGGCUCCCUCAUCGACCUGUGUGGCGCGACCCUGCUGUGGCGCACCGCCGAAGGCCUUUCGCGCACUCCUACCCUCAAACACCUGGAGGCGCUGCGACAGGAGAUCAACGCAGCCCGCCCUCAGUGUCCUGUGGGCUUCAACACGCUGGCCUUCCCCUCGAUGCGUCGCAAGGACACGCCGGACGAGAAGCAGCCGUGGGUCUACCUCCACUGUGGCCACGUGCACGGUUACCACAACUGGGGUAACCACCGCGAGGAGAGGGAGGGCCGGGAGGGCCGGCUCAGGGAGUGUCCCAUGUGCCGAGCUAAAGGGCCGUAUGUGCCGCUGUGGCUGGGAUGUGAGUCUGGAUUUUACGUGGACGCCGCACCGCCCACUCACGCCUUUAAUCCCUGCGGCCAUGUUUGUUCAGACAAGACAGCGGCUUUCUGGAGUCAGAUCCCACUGCCUCAUGGCACGCACACCUUCCACGCCGCCUGCCCUUUCUGUGCCCAACAGCUGAACGGCGAGCAGGGCUUCGUCAGACUGAUCUUCCAGGGACCUCUCGAUUAGCAGCAGCUACAACCUCUCAGCAUCCUGAGAGUUCUUUUGUUUGGACGCCGAAGCUGCAUUGAAAACAAACAGGGACUUGCCUGGAUUCGAUUUCUUUCUUCUACAGUUGCGAUACAAAACCUUUUUCUGGACUUUUUGACUUUUCUCAUUUUAAGUGACCUUUGUAUUGCUUUUUCAUGAAUGACAACAAAGAUUUCUAUAUUUUCAUGUGAAACCAGAGACACAAAAACCAAACAAAGAACACUGCUGGGUAAACCUUUUGUGUUUGUUUCCUCGGAAAGAACUUUUCACAACAGUAUUUAUCUAUCCGACUAACAUACUGUAGCGCAAAUGUACGUUUUUUUUAAAAUUCAUGUUUAUUGUUGCAAUAUACAUCUAUGUACAUCUCUUAGAGCUAAUUUAAACAAAGAUGUUUAUUUAUGGCCCAGGAACCAUUGCUUUAUUCUUUAUCUGUUGGAUAAGCCUAACUCCAAUACUAUUAAGCAUUUUAAUUUGAAGAUACAGUAUAUUGUUAUUCAGAUAUAAAGUUCUAGGUGUGUUCUGAGGGUUUGUUCUGUCUCUCUCUGUCUCUCUGUCUCUCUCUCAUGUUGACCUCUCAGAUCUGUUUGUUGUAUUUACACACCCUCCUCCUCUGGCGUCCUAACCCAUUCUGUGUGUCAUCCCUUCAUUCUCCCACAUUAUAGGUCUACUCACGAUUAAAAGCAAUAGAAUUGGAAUACAGUGACAUCCCAGAGCAUUGUGGGAAAUUGAGUCUUCUAGGUAUAAACACUCAGGCAGCCUGAAUGACUGCUUCUUCCCUUUUAAGUCCUGUGGGUUAUAUGUUUUUUUUUCUCCUUGUCUAAAGACGACCAUGAUGCUGCAGCAAUGUGGCUCAUUUCACACAUCACCCACACCAUGUAUGCAUAGUGUAACACUAUACCCAGUCUCUUAUUUUAAAAAAGAAUAUUGUAGGUAGAAAGGAACUUGCCCAUAAAACUUUGACAGAAAAAAAAAGUGCAGCAGACAAGGGUGGACUUUAUUCUGCCCCUCUGCUGGGAUGUUUGGGGAUUACCUGCACAGUUCCAGCUGCAAUAACCAACAUUAUUUCUGUCUCAUACAACACUGUGGUCAGCAUUGAUCUCAAAAUGUCACCACUUUUAAAACAAGAACAGAAAUCAUCAAGACUCUUCACCAAUGGUCAUGCAUUAUUAAAGAAUACUGACCAUAAUAGUACAUUUAUCUCAUAUUCACGAGGCUGUUUAGGAAGGAAAUGUGACAUGUGCUUGUUCUGUCACCUGAAUAGUCACAGUGCAGGAAGCCCCAAGCAUCGAAAACACCAAACAACACACAACUGUAGCUGUUUGACUCAGGUUUGACACAUGCAAAUGCAAGCAUGGCUUCAAAUUACAAAACUCCCUUUAUGAAUGUGUGUGUGUGUGAGAGAGUGAGAUCUUUCUUAUCAGGGCUUUGUAUUCAUUACUGCUUUUCCGUCACAAUCCUGUGUUACAGUGUCCUUCACGAGGGCUAAAAGGUCAUGUGCUUUUAUUUUGGAAAUCACGAUAGAUGUCGGGUCCGGACGUUCUCUGGAGUUUUCCGUUCACGUCUUUAUGACAGCUGUUGUGGGAUAUUGUUUUUACAACAGCAGAGGAAGCUGUGGAGGAUCCAGGUGAGAUGCUGGUGUCUUCUGCUGAGUCUUCACCUGAGCUCACGGAACAUAGGGGUGAUAAGAGAAACUCUGUAGUGAGGUUUCACAUGUACAGCCCCUCCAGAGAAUCUCCAUGCAUGUCUGAAAGCAGUAAAUGUAACUAAACAAGUUUGUUAACAGCUGUAGGGACGUUUCAACUUUAAACUGCUGAUUGUACCAGAUUAUAAUGACACAUUCUUGUUAUUAGAUAAAUGUAGGAUCACUCUGGUACAAGUGUGUCUGGUUUAAAUCUGUGUGUUCUAAAGGCAAAGGCUGGCAGUGGCCAAAGAAUAAAAAGAAACUGAGCAGAGUCUUAAUGUUAAUGUGGUGUUUGCAUUCAGUUGCUGGUUGUUUCAUCUCUGUCCUCUGCAGCCCAUGUGAGUCAUCAUUUUUAUAUCACUUCAGUAUGCACAAAGAUUCUGCAGGUAUCCUGUGUGUGUGUGUGUGUGUGUGUGUGUGUGUGAGAGAGAGAGAGAGAAUGAGGUUGUAAUUGUUUGUGUGCAGUCCUCAUUUUGUGUGUCUUGACUGUUUCCAUCAGUAUUUCCCCAGUGUUUGUAACUGCAACACACUAAGUCACCUCAGGGAGACAAACAAUAAUUGGUCACUUAUGCACUCACGCACAGCUCAAGUCUUCUGAGGAUUUCUCAUUGAUUCAUUUUAAAUGCUGUGUUUCCGCAUUUAAAGUCUCGAGCGUUUCCUCUUCUUGUUUUGCGUUUCAGUCGUGGACUCUGUCUGUCUCUCCGUCUGUCUGUCUAUAAAGUGUGUGAGUAAGGGCUUCACUCUUGUCUCUGAACUGUUAUCAACCGUCUUUUUCUUUUCUUUUUUGAUCAGACAUGUGUCCAUCAGUCCACCCGUCUCUAUCUCACCGCACUCCACUUGCUCUUCUCCUGUCUGUCCGUCUCUCUGUCUGUCUGUUGUCUCCUUGUGCUUAUUAAGUCAAAAGCAAAGAAUGUUUCCAGCAAACACUUUUUGUAACAACUUUAAACAAUAAAGUGUAAAAGUGA